CUUCAUUCAUCAAACUAAGAAUCUGAGAUGCAGUUGCAGGUCAUUUUGACUCGACCGUGACUCAGUGACGAUACAAAAUGGCGAAGAGGCGAGAACGCCGAGUCGCACAGAGUUCGGAUCGCCGUAAGAGCCGAGUCGAAUCGUCCAGUCGAUUAGACCAAUUCGGUGACUCAGUUACUGAUCGCAAGCUCAUCACCAUUUUUGUUCUCUUUUUCAUCGUGAUUCCCGCCGUUUCCAUCUUUUUAUACUGUUUCAAGUACGCUCCACACUCGAGCCCUGCAAUUUCUCAUGUACACCAACGAGGUCUCAUCAAAACUGAUGUCAACUACCAAGAAAUCCUCACUGAUAAUUCAAAGGUAUCAGAGAAUGUAUCUCAUCGCCAUUACACAUAUCCUGUAUUGGCCUACAUUACUCCAUGGAACUCCAAGGGCUACGAAAUUGCGAAGAAGUUCAAUUCUAAAUUUACACAUUUAUCCCCAGUCUGGUAUGAUAUAAAGAGCCAAGGAACCAGCUUGAUCCUUGAAGGGAGACAUAAUGCUGAUAAAGGAUGGAUCUCAGAGCUAAGAAUGAAUGGAGAUGCUCUGGUGUUACCCAGAUUUGUUCUCGAAGCAUUUCCUAGGGACCUGCUGAGGAAGAAGAAACUGAGGGAUAAAGCAAUUGAGCUUAUAUUAACAGAGUGCAAGGAAUUGGAAUAUGAUGGUAUUGUUCUAGAGUCUUGGUCCAGGUGGGCAGCUUAUGGUAUCUUGCAUGAUCCAGAUAUGCGGAAUAUGGCUUUGGAGUUCAUAAAACAACUUGGACAUUCAUUGCACUCUGUGAACUCGGUGAGGAACAGUGAGCAACAUUUGCAGUUGGUCUAUGUCAUAGGUCCUCCACAUUCAGAGAAGCUUCAAGCACAUGAUUUUGGCCCAGAAGAUCUUCAAAGCUUGAGUGAUGUUGUAGAUGGUUUCUCACUGAUGACUUAUGACUUCUCAGGUCCUCAUAAUCCUGGUCCCAAUGCACCACUAAAGUGGAUACGUUCCAUCCUGCAGUUGCUCCUCGGUAGCCCUAGGAAUGGUGUGCAGACCUUAGCUCGGAAGAUAUUUCUUGGUAUCAAUUUCUAUGGAAAUGAUUUCAUCCUUGCAGGAGGAUCGGGUGGUGGAGCUAUCACUGGAACGGAUUACCUCCAUUUAUUGGAGAAGCACAGACCUGUUUUACAGUGGGAAAAAAACAUUGGGGAGCACUUCUUCAUCUACUCUGAUGAGAAAAAUGGCAAGCAUGCUGUGUUCUACCCGUCCUUGAUGUCAGUUUCUCUGCGGCUAGAGGAAGCUCGUUUAUGGGGAACUGGCCUCUCCAUCUGGGAAAUAGGGCAGGGUUUGGAUUACUUUUUUGAUAUUCUGUAGUUAACACGACAAUUUUUACGAUUUCUUUCUACAAUGUAACAUAAUUGGUUUCUAGGAACUGUUUGUUCAUCUUCGUCAGUAGACAUAAUUAACAAAUUUUGGUUAAUGCACUGUAA